GGUAGGGCGGUGGUUUGGGAAAAUGAAGAGACAAGCCACUUAUAGUGGUAAGAAAAAUCUUUCUGAAAAGAAGUUUGUAACAAGAUCGUCUGCUUGGGAUCAUAAAAAGCAAACAUGUGAGGUGCCAGGUAGUGUUUGUGAAACAAACAAUGUUAACCAAGAGAAUUCUGGAUCCAAGAAUGUAAAUGAAAGUCCAACCGUCAAAACAGUCCACAUUCCAAAAUCUAUGUCAAAUGAAGCAUUUCUUAAGCAUCCAGACCUUACCACAGGUCAGAAGCGAUACUUAUGUAGCAUUGCAAAAGUCUACAGCGUGAGCCAAAUGAAAGCAAUGGUUCAUCGUCCGCUCGCUUCACACAUAAAAUGUGGUUCUUCAGACAAAGCUGGAAAAUAUGAGCUGAAUGAAAAAGAGAAGAAGAGGUGUAAAUAAAAUGUUCAGAUAUGUCCAGAGGAUAUAAAAUCCAAUGGGCACAACAUGGUUCCUUGUAAAAUAUAGAACUGACAUAAUAUUAGAAAGAUAUAAACAAUUAGAUAAAUUGUAUUAAAUAUUUAGAGAAAAGACAUUGAACAUAGACCCAUAAAAAAGAGCCACAGGAAAUAAAAGCUCUGUAUAAUGACCAGUAGAGGAAGACUCUAUAGUAGACUAGAUGGGAUUUUGGCUGGGGAUAAUAGGAAUGUGAGUUUGAGAACCAAUACAGUUUGUGUAUCAACUGCAGUGAACCUCUUGUGGCUAUAAUCAAAUGCAACAAAGAGCCCUAUUAAUCAACCCCACUGUUAUGGGUAAACUGUAUUAAAUCAAAUGUGUCCAAUGUAAUAGUGUCUCAACACCAACUGCUACCUGAAAAGAUAUUACAAAGAUUGGGUUAUCAAUGGCAUCUUG